GUGCAUGCUCGCGGUUGCGCUAGAUCUACGUAUGGUAAGGCACAUGCUCUACCUUAACCGCAAAAAGGGCAUCUAGUACGUUUGUUUGAAAACCAUAAGAAAAAAUCAUUUGAAAUGCCUGACUCUAAAAUUAACACGCAAGAUCAGUGUAAUUUGGACAUAUUCGAAACAAGUGAUUAUAAAACGUACAAAGAUGGUAUGAAAUUGAUCGGUUUAUGGCCUUUUGAAAAUUCAACGAAAAGGACAUUGAAAAGAGCUUUCGUAUUAAUUAGUAUGAUCACGACAUUGAUAUUUAUGCAAGUACGAUUUGUAGAAGAGCUUAAUCAUAAUAUUGACGUGGUCUUACAAUCCGCUGGAAGCAUCAUUUUAAGUAUAGGUUGUAUAGCUAAAUUUAUUACAACAUUUAGAGCAGAAGACAACAUAAAACUUUUAUUCUCUCGAAUAGCUAAACAGUGGGCUAGUAUUACUGAUAAAACCGAGUGUAAAAUACUUGCUGAUAAUAUUAAAGUCUGCCAUCCGUUAUGUACUUUUUAUAAAGUUAUAGCAUUUUUUGCUCUUGUAACAUAUGCAUGUUUGCCGAGUUUUGGCCCAGUUAUCAUGAACAUCUUAUCACCACUGAAUGAGACUCGUCGCAAGCGUUUACCUGCUCCUGCUGAAUAUUUUGUAGACGAGGAAAAAUAUUUUUAUGUAUUAUUCUCACAUGGCAUGAUAUGCUAUAUGUUAGUCUGUGCUCUUUAUGUAAUCAUUGAUUGUAUGUAUUCAUGCAUUGUGCAUCAUACUGUGGGACUUGUUGGAAUUGUAACAUACCGCUUGCAAAAUAUUAUUGAUUUAAAAGUUACAUCGAACCAAGAGUAUCAGGCCAACAACUCAGAAAUCAGAAGACGAUUAAGAAGAGCCAUUUCUUUGCACAAGGAAUCCUUAGAGUUUGCUCAAAAGAUAGAAACAACAUACAAUUUGUGUUUUAUAAUAGUGAUGUCUGUGAACUUACUUACGAUGAUUUUUACUGCAGCAUGCGCAAUUAGAACACUGUAUUACGAUAAGGUCGAGUCAUUUCGAUGGUUCAUAUUAUAUGGAAGUAUAAUUUUUCAUCUAUUCUUUAAUAGUAACCCAGGGCAAAACUUAUACGAUAAAAGUAAUGAAAUUAUAAAUACGUUGUAUUUUACUGAGUGGUAUACCUUAGGCAUUUCAAGAAGUAAUAAAAGAACUAUGCUAAUUAUGAUGAUAAGAUGUCUACGACCUUGUCAACUGACUGCAGGUGGUUUACUGGUAUUAAACAUGAUAAAUUUCGGAGCGGUAAUCUUUUUCAAAAGCAAGGGAGGUAGCGAUUGCCGCAAGUUAAUAUUUAACUGUAUGAUAGCUGCAAUAACAAAUGAAGUGGCGAAUCAGUACAGCUUUAUAGAGCGCAAAGCGCCAAGAAAAUCUUUCAAAGACCUCCGGCUAUGCACUUGCCUGUAUCAAGCUGUCAAACUUGCAUUUCCAAAUGCAAAUGACGAUGACAUUAAAGAUGGCAUAAGUGCUUGGCAGGAUACUGCAAACACGCGGCUAAAGAGAGAAGCAAGUGGAAAAGGUCCAAAAAGGGCGCCAUUCCAGCCAAUAGUUAUUGACGAAACCCUGAACAGUGGUGAAGAAUCCGAUCCAUAAUUAUUUACUUAUUUUAUUCAGCAUUCGUAAAUACUUAUUUUAAUUCUAAUCUUAUCCAGUAAUUAUUAAUAAAUAAAGUAGAGAUCAGUAAUUUAAUGAAAACACAAGCUUAAUUUGUAAUUGAUACAUUUUUUCAAUAAAUAAAGGUAUGUAAUCAUUC